AAACACGGAUAUAUUCUGAAUGGUAUACAUAUGAAGUAGCAUAGUCACAGUAACUGUAGGCCAAAUAUAAAUUAAUGCGGUAUACCAAAAUGUUCUGAUUCCAAUCUGCUGCUUAUCGGGAGCUAGCGUCUGUACCUAACUGUUUACCGAUUUAUCUAAUCUGAGAUUCUUAUCUCGAGCAAUUACUCCGCACUGCCUCCCGAUGCCAUUUGCCCCCGUAACCAUCCAAAAAACCUAGCCACAACUCACGAGUUGCGACACAUACAGUGGGUCACGUCUGCACCCAUCGAUUUACAGGUACAGUGGGCGCUAGUGAAGAAUGGCCGCCAUAAAAGGUCCGCCAUUGAAUACCAUGAUAUACGUUGGUCUAUUCAUAGAUGGAUAGUUACUUUAGCUCAUGCCCUGCUCUUUUACACAGAGGAAAACAUAUCAGAAAAGUAGCGAAACUAUCUAUCGAAAUACAUUACUCUACACAGAUACCUAAAAAUACUACUUAAUCAAAUACUUCUUCUUAGAAUUUAAAUAUUAUUUGUUUGUUAACAAACACCCCUUUUUUAAGAGUGUUCAUGUAUGGCAAGUGGUAACCCUUUUUGUUUUUUUCCACUCGAUUUUCGUGUCCUUCUUAUGUGGCCCUUCUGUUUCGCCUGCCCCGAACAGCGAUCAAUAUUGAAUUGAAUUUGACCAAUGGUUAUAGCCACGUUUCGGCGAGGUCCUCGGACAGACUUUGGUAUGUCUGCGGAAAAGCGUGUUGGUAAGCGGAAAACGUUAUUUAAUAAUUUACGCCGAAGCAUUUCGGAACUGAAGUCGAUUGUCGACUCGAAAUAUGAAACGCAAUACUCUUACCCUAAAUUCAGAGCUCGGUCUUUGUGCUGGCUGUGAGAACCCUUCAAUUCCAAUAAUAUUAUUAGAAACUCAACUGGAAAAUCGAAGUUGAAGAAGCCACAGGAAUGCGGUUGAAAAUGCAACAAAAGCCAAAACACAGUUUAGUGGUUGAAUAACGACAACAGCAGCAGCCAGGACAUGGCCGUAGUCCUGGGUCAGCUGAAAGGGCGGUCGAGGAGGGGUCGACCAACCAACCAACCAACAGACCGAAAGACAGACCGACAGACGGACAGUGAGCUACUAAUAAAGCCAGGUGAACGCAGGUGGAGAGCUGGGUCGCCGGCCAAGGCAGACAAAAGGAAGCACAAAUAAUAUAAAUUAAAUGUGGGGAAAGUUGGCCCACGUCCGACCCGCCCGCUUCGUCGUGGCCCUCCACUCGAAAGAAAAGCAAGCUGAGUAAUUAUUUCCGGCAGAGCGGGCAGGCCAGGAGGAAAAUGCCGGAGCCGGGGAGUCCUUGCGGUUUGACUGCAACACAUGGCCGGACACUUAAACCGAAGUGGAAGUGUGGCAAACGGGGUUGGAAAAUCUAUCUGGGCAAUAAUUUCGGUUGACAUGCUUGCGGUAAUUAUUGACCGUAAUGACAAAACCGUAUACGAAUACGGCAAAUGGUAGCCCCAAACCAAUCCCGAAACCCUGACAAAUUGCUUUAGUUUUUGGGGUCAUCUGUGUGUGCCUGUGUCUGCUAAUUGGAUAUUGGAUUCGGGAUCGGGAUAGGCAUCGCCAUCGGCAUCUGCAUAAAUUUGGUCCAUCUCACCUCUAAACAAAUAAAAAUUGUCAACGGCAUCGCAAUAUAAACAAGCGAUUCGCGAGCCAUAACUUAAGUCUAUUUCUUGUUAUUUGCACUGGACGCUCGAGAUUUAUGGACCACUUGCCUAUUUAUAGCGAUGUUAAUGAAACGGAGCUGUCGAACACAACACAGACCGAAAGUUUGUCCAAAAAAUUAAUUAAUAAUACUUUCCAUUGCUUAUUUUUGGAUGGCUCUCUUAGCAAUCUAUGCUCAUCCCAAUUUUCCACAAUCUAUUUUUCGAUUUUUUUUGUUGUCGGAUUUUGCCAAAUUCAUUUCAAUGCCGGCUAUUUCUGUUGCAAUAUGGCCCACAUGUUGGACAUUCGGGAGCAAUAAAUAUUGAAUGCGACCGGCAGAGUAUCCCGAAGAGAUCAGCUGGAAUUUCUUUGGGCUUUUAACUUAAGUAACUCACUUACUUCGAUGGCAAUUGGAUGUAGUGAUGUGGGGGAAACUUCCGUGGACUAGAACGAUUCUUUUGUGUGACAAAUUGGCCGGGUGAUUGUGUUUAGCGCAGAUCCAAGAUUCAAGAUCCCAGAAGACACAUGACCGAUGAUGACGAGGAGCAGACCGCGGAUCGCGCGAGUUGAACGACAAAUGAAUUCACUUGAUGGGUGAAGUGCGAGGUCAAAUCUCUCUUGGAUGCGGCAUACCGAACGCACUCGCGGAAACACAGCUCGCAGAUAAAGAUACAGAUACGCACACGAUGCGCUGCAGAUACAAUCAACAAACAAUGGCCAAGGCAAAUCAACAGCACUUGGAAACUAACUGGGAUUUUAUGACAUAUUUAGAGUCGUAGUUGGCACUUUAACUGCACUUCCUUACGCGCUAUGGCUAGAAUUUCCACACUUUUGAGCUGGCACCGCAAGUGACAUGAUUUCCAAAAAAACUGCACUGGGCCACAAAAAUAUUAUUUUAUAUAUAUUGCACUUUAUAUCCGUGUGUGCUUUUCUUUUCGGGCGUGUAAACGUGAAAAUGCGAGUGGGCGGCGACGACGACGUAGCGGCGACGACGAUGCGCGCGAUUUUCUCGCGUUUGGCUGGCGGAACGUUCAAGAUGGCACUGCCGGGCGAUCCGCGCCGAUCGACUUGACAGUCCAUGGAGCCGCCCAGCGGACCCGUCGUUAUUUAUUCCGGAAUAUAAAUUAUAAGUAUAAAUAAUAUUUCGACGAAUAAAACUUAUGCAUGUUCUAUGUAUCUUCUGUUCAGUAUUUAAUUGAAUUUGCCGGCGGGGAUGUUCAGGUUGCCGCUGUUUGUGAAAACUGCUUGUGUUGACCAUAAUUUAAAUCAAAACACAAAUUAAUUUGACGCUCAGCUCUCGCUGCACU